CCCGAAGCUACCCGCAGCUCCAUUCACGUGCGUUCAGUCCAAUUUCAUAGUUUUGUUCCCGUUAUGACCGAGCAGACAGCCGCUGCGGGACAUAAAGUUGGAAAACCGAUGUCGCAUAACUGGGUCGAAGAGAGAGCCAAGAUGGAGUCUGUGACUACGCUGAAAGCAGCUUAUGUUGUUCCAAAGAGUCCAGUGGUGAGGUUACAGGGCAUCAGAGGCGAGCUGCUGAAAAAACACACUGCCCAGAUGAUAAGGUCUGCUGGAUAUCUCUUGUACUUGAAAUGCAAUGGUCUUCAGAACUUCUGGGAAACAAGAGAGAGCACAGAUCUUCAACCCACAUCUAUGUGCUUUGCAGGCCUUUACCUCAGAAAAUAUUUUGAGAAGAUUCGUGCUGAUCUGAACCCACAGACUCCCAAAACGGAGUACUGCUCCACAACCCAGAAGGAUUUCUGUGUGGAGGGAUUUGUGCCUUUUAAACCUGAAACAACACGUGUUCAUGACUACAAAACCGACCAGGCCAUCACAUUUUGGAGUGAAAACUGCCAGCGGAUACAGGGUGUGACUGCCGCCCGGAGCUCGAAGGGACCCUUCAGGAAGUCGGCUCUGUUCAGCACGCCCAUCACCGAGCGGCUGGAUGAAAUUGAUCUCCCACCUGACAACUGAGACAGUACACCAGUGUGCUGUUCUGCCACCUUGUUAAUGAUUUUUAUUAAAAUGGUAAUCCAUUUUAAAGGUUAAGUUUAGUUCUUCAUGAUAGUGGCACCUCAAAGGAUUUGUCUUUUCUUUAAGGCUAUUUUUUUUUUAUUAUUAUUAUUAUUAUUAUUGGCACUCAUGUUGGUUAAGUGAACUGCCAUCGCCAAAACAGCAGUUAGAGCUGCACGACACUCACUGUGUGUACUAGACAUUAUAAAUCCUAUGCAACAGCUAGGAGACCAGCAUAUAUUCUGUGUACCCGACUGUCAGUGUAUUGACAACAAAGCUGACUUGGAUGAGAUGAGUCAGCAGUCAGUGUUUGAAAAGAUGCUAUCUAGAUGCUGAGUACCAUGACCGCAGCUGUAUUUACAUCUGCACCAUGAACACGUCACAGGAUUGGGAGGAAAGAAGGAUGUUUUGAGUGUGUAAGUGGACCCGUGGGAUGUCAUUAUUUUCUUAUUACUGAGCAAGUAUCUCCGUGCCAUCAGUGGAAGAAACUUCAAGCUGCCGGGCAUGACAGAUUAACUCAUUCUCAGUAAUCUGCCAAUCAGAUUUAAUCAUUUCAGAUUGUCCCUGCCCACUUUUUUCCCAGGUAACAACAACAAAUUGACUAGAGGGUUUUUGAGAUGCUAAAGAUGGCCCCUGGCUGCAAGGAGUGAAUUACUUCUAAUCAGCCAAUCGUAUUGCGUCACUCAGCAUAUGAACAGGUUCAUAACUGUCUGAGAAGCCAGUGUUUUCAAAGUGUGGACACUUUGUUGUGUACACCUAGCGCUGCGUUGGACCCUUUUUGACUCCAGAACUGCCUUAGAGUAAUUCUUCUUCAUGAAGAUUUUGGUCCACGUUGAUGUGAUUUGUUGGCUCCCACAUCCCAAAGGCGCUCUGAUGGAUUGAGAUCUGGCGAGAAACCAGAGGCCUCUCAAGUAAAGUCUAAGAAUAUCUGUAAUAAGUAAACCUUUCACCCUGUCUCUCUCAGACUGUUAGCUGUGGUCCCUCCAUGCGGAGGAUGAAGCAGGUUUCACUGAUUGAUGGGUGUGACAGCAACUUUAGUACUUUCUGCACCUGACUGUUGUGUUGCUGUGUGCACCUAGCCAGGGGUUUGUUUACAUCUUCUGUUCAUCUUUUUCUGUAAUAUGUCUGUGCAGCCUUUUUGCAACCUGUAAUUAUUGCAUUCAGUUAGUGCUGAGUGGCAAAAAGACACUCUUUUCUCUGACACCGGGUAAAUAUGUCACCCUUAAAGAGGAACAACAGCUUCUUCACACACAUGUGCUGCUACAGCAUGCUGAUUUAAAACAAUACAUCGCUGGGAGUCACACAGUGUAUGCUACAGAUUCAUGUACGUCUUGUGUCAAUCAAAGGACAAUGCCGGGCUCUGCUGAUCCUUUCUGGGCUUUCAGCAGGGAUUAGUAGGUGGUAGCUAUGGCGACAAGUAAUUUUUAGCGUAUAUCGCUGCAGCUUUUCUCGCCAAACAUUUCAUUAUCUCACAGCAUCAUACAGGAAAACCAAUUUGCCUCUGAAAGACAAGGGCUUGCAGCAGAUUUGUACUCAACAUUUGAAAUGAAAUGUGAUACAGCAACUGUCAUUUUGUUUCAGCUGUGCUAUUUAUGCAUGCCGAGCUAUGCUGUACAAUAGAAAUCUACAGACAAUCCAGACAGUGAAGUCAUUUUUAGGUCAGAAGGUAAUGUUCUGUUCCCAUAAGUGUGUAACUGCUGUUUUAGCAUAACUUAAGUGACUGUAUCCUAGUGCUGACCAGGUCCUAACCAUAGACUAUGUAUACUAUGACAUCAUUUUGAGUCAGUGGCCAUAUUUGGACAAGAAGGCAGAGCGCUUAGUUAUCAACCGAAUGGCAGCAAGCUUGGUUAGAAUCCAUAAACUGUAAGGGUGCAACUCACAGACACAUGUCUCCUAAUUAGUGCAGUGAUGUCUCAUGAUAUUAAUCAGCUAAUUUAUUUUUAUAGAAGGCUUAAACUCAAACCAGUUAGCAGGGGUCAGUCCUAGGAGACACAGCAGGCUGUAGCUUUAAUUAGUCCAAGCGCCGAAGCCCUGAAGCCUCAAUAAAAAUUGAAGGAUGAGUUCCCAGACAAAAAUCUAACCUGGAACAAUCAUUUUGAAGAGGUAAAUUAUAUAAAGGGACCAAAACGAGUUUUUAUACCACUCUGUAAACCAAGUGUUGACCUGCAGGGUUAAAAAAUGAAGUCAAAGUGGAAGUGAAAACUGCAGUUUUUCUACUGGCUGCUGGAGGCACAGUCUCCAUAGACUCCCAUGGUAAAAGUACAGUACUAACAAAUAAAAAUAGUGUAUAAUUAGCAAGUUUAUUAUCAUUAGCGAAAACUAAACCAAAACAAUGAUGUUACAUCCACUUCAAAGAAAGUAUCACUAAUGCUAGGGAACAGC